AUGCCGUCACAACAAGAAUCAAACAAUGCUUUGGCGCUCACCGACGUGUUUGUGCGCGAUUCGGUCAGCCGGAUUAUCCGCUGGGAAGGAGAUGGCCGGGAACUCGUUGACGAGGCUCACGACAUUGCGAGGCGUGUGUCUCAAGGUCUCCAACAGCAUGGCCGGACAUGCUCGGUCAUCUCGCCGUUUGUCCUUUCUGCGGCCGCCGAGGUCCGGGCGACAAUGAAUCAAGGUCUUGUCCCUCAAUGGCACCGUGUGCGGGCUGACGACCCACGUAUGGAGUCACAUCCUUUUUUUCCAAAGACCGUUGGAUAUAAACAACCGGUACCAGCCCCAGCCCCAGCCCCGGCACCAGCACCAGCGCCAGUGUUGGCACCGGCACCAACACCAGCAUCAGCACCAGUGUUGGCACCGGCACCGGCAAAAUUACAAGCACGCUCCCCAGUGGCAUCCCCAGCUCCCACACGAAUGUCGGUUCCACCGAUUGACUCACUUCCUCGUCCGGAUGGUACUCACAAUCUCGUUGUUCCUGGCACCAUGCCCGACAAGGGCAAACGGACCGACCGAGGGACUCGGAGAUCCCGUGAGGACAGCACAGAUGUCGAGUCAGGGCGGAAAAAACUCAAGGUCUCGAAGUGUUUGUCCAAGGCUGUUAUCUCCGAUACCGAGGACGAGGACAGGCGGCCGACCGGGACAAUCAUAGUGAAGCGGCCCAAGAUCAUUGAACCAUCACCGGCAGCGCUGCCAAAAGCAAAGGGUAAUACGAAGUCGGUCAAGCAGCCGCAAGCCGAUCCUAAGAUUGGCCGAGCCCAGCCACAUGGCAAAGGAAACGAGAAGGUUGUGGACAUCGCCGAACCUACGAGAGGGCGUGGGCCACUGAAGGCCAAUACUGACGAGUACACUCCACCGUGCACAAGAUGCACUGGCGAGCCUUGUCUUGUGGUGGUCGGCAGGAAGGGGCAGGCGAUGAAGUCCUGUGCCAAGUGCCACUUCCAGAAGGCGACAAAGUCACACCAUCCUCGGUCAAAGGCCGCACCCGCAUCCAAAUCCAAGGCUCAAUCCCGGACAACCAGAGCAACCUCGCGGGUACGUCCACCCACACCUAUCAUAGAAUCCGAGGAUGCUGUUGAGGAUACGGAUGAGUCUGCUACCGGUUCCGAUGAUGCCGAUAUGGAACCUGACACCGACGCUGAACGGCAGAUCGACAUCGCCACCGAGAUGUCGGUUGAUCCUGAAGAUGAAAUCAUGGCUGACCGACCUGCGGACAUGGCUUCUGCGGCCGACUUCCCCGCCGAACAUUGGCUGGAGCCCACUGAGGAAGCGCCCGUUACCAUUCCCCCACCAACUCCUGCGGCCGACCCCCUUUCCCUUUCUUCAUCACCUUCGUCACCUACCAUCCUCGAACGCCUGCUUGCCCUGACUACUCAGGUGAAUGCCAUGCAAUUGGCCGAUGAGCAUGCCCUUGCCAGGGUGAAUGCCAUGGAACAGGAGUUUGAUGCCCGCAUCUCCUCGAUGCGUGCCGAACUUUCCUCGAUGCAGCUUGAUGUCGGUGCCACCGUCACAUUGGUGAACGGACUUGUCGGCCUGGUCGAGAAGCUUCGGCAGGAACGAGUCGUCGCCAAUCCAUCAUUUCCACCACCAGCGCUCAGCCAUGCCAAUGAAUCAUCGGCCACUGCAUUCGGCAUGAGGUACUUGAACGGUGUGUUCGGCCCUUCGGUUGCUCCCAUGCCUCUGUCUGUUGGAGUCGGUCAAUCCUCGGCCUCGGCCUCGCGCCCUUCCGGUCGUCCUGAAGCGCAGGGUGGGACUUCAACAUAUGAAUAA